AUUGGCACUGGGAAACAGCAAGACAUUCAUAUACACGGUCCUUAACUGGGUUACCUUGUAGUGAAUUAAGCACUGACGAUGCACAGAGGUACACUGACACAUUGACAUCUAUAUUACACUUUGUAUGUAGAAUUAACACUUUAAAAGAUAAGUGUCUGUAGAUGCGCGAUGGAUCCUGAAAAUGAACAUCUACUUUCACUAACUUUUUAUUUAUGGAUAAUUAAAUUGGCCUAGUUAUUGUAUUAUAAUUAAUAAUUCCAUCAUCAUUUGUGUAUUAUGUCUUUGAGCAAGACCCUCGCUUAACUAGAGCCCCUGUCUCCAAACCAAAGGCCCCGGCAGGUCCCUGGACCUUACUUUUGGUCACCCUCUGGUCUACUCGCUGCAGGUUACACCCACUCGCGGCAGCUUCCUCUGCAUCCUCUCAUGCUCUCCAGAGUCGGCGACCGCUCGGGUUUCUUCUGUACUUUAAAGACGGACUGAUGGAUCACAGCUUUGAAGAAAACAUACUUUGAAAUCCUUUACAACGAACGUUAGAGGCAUUGAACACAACCCGAUGCUGGAGUUGUUGAAUGCUGCGUUCACACGACGCGAUUGAAAUGAAAAGACGCGCAAAAUUUUUUUUUAACAAGACGACUAAUUGAGGAUGCUCAGGUUAAUUUCCCCCAACAUAGGCUUGCUGGUUUGUUUCCACAGCUGUAUAUCCGCCUUUAUACUGGAAACUAGAAACCUGACAUAUGAUGAAUCCUACUAUGAGUAUGUUCCUGAUCGCCUGCAAUGGAACAAUGCAGGGCAACUGUGUAACAAGCGCUAUGGGGCCUUAGCCACUGCCUCCAACCCAGUAGAGAAGCAAGAGCUAACCAACUUUUUUAAAUCCUUGAGCAUCUCUCAGCCUGUGUGGAUUGCCAGGAAAGUCAUGACCCAUCUGUCAAGUUCCUCGGAGACCCUAAUUCUGGAGUUUGCUGGGCGCUCAGACAGGAAUUAUGCCCGUCUCCUGCACAAGUUCCCCUCCAUGGACUCUGUGACCGUUUGCACCCGUGUUCAAUUCGAUCCAAAUUGCUUUGGAAUAUCCACCAUCUUUUCUUAUUCCAUCCAGUCAUAUAUCAAUGAGUUCCAGCUCCGUGUAAACCUAGUCAAGGGAAAACCUGUGCAGCUGGCUCUACUGGUCCAUGGCAUUCAUGGACCUUACCAAGAAGCCUUCGACCUGGACGAAUCCUGGCACUCUGUGUGCGUUGCUUGGAGUCAGAGUGGUGGACGCUGGGCACUAUUCACUGAUGGCCUUGCGGUUUCUAGGGGUGAGGGCCUAAGUGCUAACAGCAUCAGCCCCGGUGGCCUUUUCAUUAUUGGACAGGAGCAGGACACUUUUGGGGGUUCAUUUAAGAAGAAUGAGUCAUUCUCAGGGAAUAUCACAGAGCUGUACAUAUGGGAUCGGGUACUGAACAGCAGUGAAAUCUACACCAUGGAAAAGAAGUGUUCAGCCAAUUCCUCUGGGCCGGUGUUCAAAUGGAGUGGAUCAGCCAUGGAAAUAGAGUCCUCCCUCACGAAACUGUGGAAAGACAUCCCGUGUCAAGGAAACGUCACUGUGUUAGAAAAUUCGUUUUUGGAUUCCCUCCUGGAUGGAAAUGCUUUGCAGAAUCAAACGAUUUCCUUUGAGUUAUUCCACAGCCCUUUGUCUGAUGAGGAAUGUGGCAUCUUUGACCCGGUUAUUGGAAGCUGGGGCCUAGCCAAGUGUGAUUCUUUCAGGGGGGCUGUCUGCCAGUUUAAGAAAGAAGUGCUGGAUGUUAUCAGUUUACCAAAGACACCAUUCUUCAGGAGAUUGAGCGAAGAUUCUCUGACCAAAUCUGGGAUGGUAGAGCUGAGUAUGAAUAGUUCCUGGGACAGAGAUGUGGCCUUGCUCCAGCAGCUGACCAGGGCUGUUCUGCAUGUGCUGGAGGUCGGUGGCCCUCACCUCCUCACCGCCAGUGAUGUCUUCUACCUCACACAGAGGGUCGAGACAGACUUGACGGUGCUGGCUACUAGUUCUCCCUCUGCUGGAGCUGACACAGCAGAAGUCAUGGUGUCCAUUGCUACCAACUACCUAAAGGCGGCAAGUUUGAUGCUGGAGCCCCAUGUGGCUUCACAGUGGAUGGGCCUGACAGAGGAUGGGGUCACCAUGGGACCAUUUACUAUUGUCCAGAGUAUUGACAGACUCACCCAAGAUCUUGCAGACACACUAUCUGUUGCGAGAAGAGGCUUCACUCUUUCUACCAAGAACAUAGAUGUAUACAUGAUGUGGCAGAAGCUGACUGAAGAGAGCUGUAGUCACGUCUUCAAGCCUUCUGCAGUCGGCUCUCACACUGCGAGCAGCAGUGGUCAAGAUGAGUUGCUUAUCCCUGACACUGAGCUCCAGAGGAUACACACACUGGGAUAUGAGGAAGUGAUGUUUAUUCAUACCCACUACAGCCAUCUGAGUGAGAUUGUAUCUGGACCACAGGAGCCUCCGCAGAGUCACCAAGAGAAAUUAAAAAGGAAUUUCCCCGGACACCUGGCUUCUGCUGUCAUAUCAGCCACCAUCCGCGAUGCCUCCAAGGCCCAAAGCAUUCCUGUGGCCAUCAAGUACACCCUUUCCUCACCAUACAUGGUGGAGUAUUCACAGCGAGUUAAUCCUGUUUGUGCCUUUUGGAAUUUCAGCUUGAUGCAUAAUCAUACCAGCAGCUGGUCCAGUGAUGGUUGCCGGGUGACCAUUGCUGGCUCGAGUGUAACUUCCUGUCUCUGUAACCACACCACCAACUUUGCAGUGCUGAUGAAUUACCUGGAGUCAAAGUGGAGUCCUGAGGAUGAACUUAUUUUGACCAAGCUGACGUUCAUCGGCUCUGGUGCAUCUCUGUGUGCUCUGGUGGUGACCUUGAUGCUGUUCACUGUGCUGGAUAUCCCAAAAUCUGACAGAACCUCCAUCCAUAAGAACCUCUUCAUUGCUCUGAUCUGUGCCCAGGUGAUUCUGCUGUGUAGCGGCUCAGCCAUCCACAACAAGGUGGCUUGCACACUUGUGGCGGCACUGCUCCAUCUCUUCUUCAUGGCAGCGUUUAGCUGGAUGCUGGUGGAGGGGCUGCUGCUCUGGAGCAAGGUGGUGGCAGUCAACCUCAGCGAAGAUCGUCACAUGAAGUAUUACUAUCUCAUCGGCUGGGGUUUGCCGGUUCUGAUAGUCACCAUCACGUUGGCAUCAGCCUCAGGCAAAUACGCGGCCGACAGCUACUGUUGGCUCAGUGUCCAGAAUGGCGUCAUCUGGGGCUUUGCUGGGCCCGUCAUCUUCAUCAUCAUGGUGAACGUGAUGGUACUGACUCGGGUGGUGAUCAUCACCAUAUCCACGGCCAAGAGAAGGUCCAUCAUGUUGGCCAUGGGCUCCAGUCCUGUGGAUCAAGCCAAUGAACAAAUCAGGGCCGCAGUGAAAGCAGUGCUGGUGUUGCUGCCCAUCCUCGGAUUGACAUGGCUGUGUGGUGUCUUGGUGCCUUUCUCCAUUGUUAUGGCCUACAUUUUCAUCCUGCUCAACUCCCUGCAGGGCCUGUUCAUCUUCCUGAUAUAUGGGGUGUACAACACAGAGGUUCGGAGCACGGUCAACAGGAUCAAGGAGAGAAGAAAAGCGCUUAAUUUUUCAAACUGCGCUAGUUCCCGACCAUCCAGCUCAGUUAUCAGCUCUCGUCCUGUCAGCUUCCCACUAGGAACUACCCCGAGUCAGGAGGAGGAGGCCACCCACACCCACACUCGUAGCAACAGCCCCGGCCUGGUGAAAGAGCAAGAGAGGGUCAGAGACGCUCCUCUUUCUUUGACGUUCCCGUGGAGCUCCUUUUUUGACACUCCAAGCAAAGGUCAAGAUCUCACGUGCAGUCAAGCCUUAACCUUCGCCACUUGGCUGAGGUCUGGCAAGAUUAAUUCUUUGUGUCAUCUCUUUGCAAUAUGUGCCAGGUUAAUCUUUCCUACAAUGGACCCAAACCAACAGAAGAAAAGUAUGUGCCUGAAAUUGUGUGUAUGUGUUUGUAUAUGUUUGUAAAAGACAUUGGCGCAACCGUCUUAACAGGGCGACUCUGUUUGAAUUAGAUGUUCUAACCCCCCGCUUGCUAAAUGGAUUUCUGAAGUGGCUGUAGUUGGAGGCUUUCAAUCAGAUGCAACCUUGAGUCCUUUUUUUGUGUGAGCUGUGUAGGAUUUAAGUGCUGGUAUAACAUGAGCACGACUGAAUGAACGCUCCUCAUUCUUUGAAAUUGAAAAAUCUCCAAAGGCUCUCCCUAUUGUGCAGGCAAUUAAUGGAAUGCUGGCAGCGAGGUUCAGGUGCUUAAAAGUUGUAUUUUUUCUCUCUCUCUCUCGCUCUCUUUUUAAUGACUAAUAAAGGAUAAUCAUCAUGGAAAAAAACAUCAUAAUGCUGUAGGCUUUCUCUUUAUGCAAAAUGAUGUAUAAUGCAUGCUUUGAAAUGAAACGGCAGCGGCCUUCGAACCCUUCCAUCUCCAAACCUUAGUGUAUUUGCUUUGCAUGCCACAGUGAGGCUUUUGCAUUACAAUAUUGAGUGUUCGCAUUAACAAUGCUAGCCUAUUAAUUUGAUCUUUACAUUUUUAAAGUUUGUCCAUCAGGCAGCCAAACAAUGGGUCCUACAGUUGCUGUUUGGUAUAAGUGAUUAUAAAGUUGACUAAUUGCCUCUCAGAAGAUUUUUGCUGUUUCUCUCUCGCUUCCUAGUUCUUGACCUUUUGAACCUCCCCCAGUUCUACACCUCAAAAACGGAUGUAUAACCUAUUUCAUUCAUCAAUAAAUGUUUUCUUCCCGUUUUAGAUAUUAUUUCAAUUUUUGACAACCGUCCAGAGCAUGGUUAAAUACAAAUCUAAAUAAAAUGCAUUUUACAUCAGUGCAUGCUUUAUGAUCUCACAACCAACUCUUUGAUAUGAGAUUGAAGUUGUUUUGUGUAAUGAUGUAUGAUGAAUGACAGUAACUGAAAAUAGCUUUGACUCAACUUCCCACAACUGUACUACAGUUCCAGUAGCAACUCAUUGCCAGUCAAUAAUGAACAAUCGGAAGAUGGUCAGUGCUUAUUGAAUAACUGCCUACAGAUGGA